AUGCAAAAUUCGAAAGACAUAAAGAAAAAUCAUUAUCAAGGAAAUAAAAAUGAAAAUGAGGUUGUUUUACAUUCAAAUUGUAAAGAUUCUAAAUUCGAGUUAUGUAAAACGGUCUUGAAAAAUAUCUUAUCUCCCACAAAUCGACCGGAUGAAGGGAUAUUUAAAGUCUUAAAAUCUUUACAAAAAUGUAAAGUACUAAUUGAGAAAUCCAAAAUUACGAAUAUACAACAAAUAACCGUCAAUUUUAUCAAAUUUAGUGAAGAUUUGUCUUCUGAACUUUAUGAAGUUUCUUUAUUCAUUAUUGAUAUUAUUCAGUGUUUUAAAAUUAUUUUAAAUGAUACAGCUAAGGCCAGCGAUUUGGUUGAUGUGCUAGAAACUUCUCUUAAUGGUUCUAAUAAAAGGAUUGGUUGUAUUGAAGGUCUUGAAAAUUACCUAGAUAAUAUAAAUAAUGAGAUAAGGCAAGGGUUAUAUAACUCAAAUGUGAAGACGAUUGAAAUUGAUAAAAUUGAUAAAGAAAUUGAUAAAGAAGUUAAAAUAAUUAAUAAUCAAUUCAAACUGCUCAUUAGCUUUUGGGAAAGCCACAAAUGUCUAAUUGAUAAUUUGGUUAAAUUGUUAUAUGAUCAUAUAAAAAAAUCAACUUGUACAUUAGAAAUUUCAAAGGUUGAUUACGAAGAGAUAAUAAGCUUAUGGGCAAAAGUGAUAGACAAGUGUAAGACUGAUUAUCUUAGAGCAAAGGAUGCAAUUGUAAAAGGUUCAUUUCAUACAGCCAUCGAUAUAUCAAAUGAUACUGGCGUUGGCCUCAGUAAUAUCGACUCAGACCCUGCUAAUAUCAAUAAUAACGGUAACAAUUGGAGUUUAAACAGACUUGUUCUGUGUUCUGUUACGAGUAUUUUGAGUUUGGUUGUUGUUUCUCAAGUGCCAAAUUUUUUGAGAAAUAUAUUUUUGAAAUACAUUUUAGCAAAAUAG